AUGGCAACUAACCCUCAUCCGCAACCAGCGCGCAUCCCCGCCAUACCCCCCAACGGCAUCGAGUACCCGCACCACCCCGAAGUGUACGACAGCCGCCAGACGCUCUCGCGCACCCCGACGCUGGACAGCAUGGGACGGACAAAAGACACGCUGGCCAAGUCGGAACAGGCGGAACAGGUAGAUGUGAACGAGAAGAGCGCGCAGGCAGCCGGAGGACCCCCCGGUGGCCCGCCCAAGCCGGGCAUGAUGGGUCCCAUGGAUUGUGACAGAACAGAGCUUCGUAGCAACGCACGCAAGCUAACAACAGUCUUCGACCCCGAGCUCGCUCCGCUGCGCAAGAUCGUGUACAAGAUCUACGCGGGCACAUGCAUCAUCACGAUCCUGGUGAUGUGGAUCUGCGCGCCUGUCUACUGGGGCAGUCUCUGGAAGGCGGACAAGUAUGUGAACCGCCUAGCCGUGCGCGUUAUCGACCGCGACGGUGGGGCUAUUGGGUCCGAACUUUCCAACUCGCUGCUCGCGCUCGACGGACCGCAAGACACGCCGCACUACUUCUACACGUCGCGGGACGAGUUCCCGACCAUGGACGCAAUCUACAACGACAUCGUGCAGGAGGGCGCCUGGGCCUCUGUCGUCGUCAUGGAGGGCGCGACGGCCAACCUGACGCGGGCGAGGGAGACGGCCGACAGCACCUACGACGGCCGCAACCUCGUGCAGAUCGUGUAUGCCCAGGCGCGCUCCGAGACGGCGAUCGGCAGCUACCUUCUUCCAGCACUGCAGCGCGAUCUGGGCAAGAUCACGGGCAAGAUGAGCGCGGAGAGCGUGGCGCAGUACCUCUCGUCGGCCAGUGCGCAAAACGUGCAGGCCCUCGCGCGCGCGCCGACGACACUCACGCAGCCGAUCAGCUACCACCCCCAGAACUUGCGGCCGUACAACCAACCCGUCGCCACGGCCAUCACGCUCGUCGGUCUCAUCUACAUGCUCAUCUUCUCCUUCAUCAUCACCAUGACGAACAACGCCUGUCGCGAGAUCAUCGCGCCCUACAUGUCCACAGGCCACUACAUCCUGUACCGCAUCUGCCUCCCGCUCAUUCUCUACCUGCCGCUGUCCUUCUUCUUCGCCAUGAUCAAUUUGCCGUUCAAGAUCCACUUCGGGGCGCACUUCACGUAUGCGGGCGGAUUCUUCCUCUGGGCAUUCAUCAUGUACCUCGGCAUGGCGUCUGUGGGGUUCGCGACCGAGUUCAUGAUCACGAUCGUCGGGCCGAGGUUCAUCUCCUUCUUCCUCAUCCCGCUCAUCAUCGUCAACGUGUCCGUGGUCAAUCUGCCGCACGAGCUCCAGCCCUGGAUAUACAGGUAUGGCGUCGCUGUGCCGUUCUACAAUGCUAGUCGGGCCGUCAGGACCAUCAUCUUCGACACGAAAAACCAACUGGGCAUGAACUGCGGCAUCCUCCUCGCCUGGGUCGGCGUGUCGCUCAUCACCAUCCCGCUCGCCACCUGGCUCACGCGUCGUCACGCCGUGAAUGAGCACAGGCGCGCGAUGGGCGAGAUGGAGGACGACAUUAGGCUGCCGGAUGGAAGGGUCAACUCGGUCUAA